AUGGCUCGCCGCCGCAGACCCCCUCGCGCCGGCGCCCUCACGGAACUCCCGCCCCUCAAAAUCGCCUCCCAGAUCGCCAUCCUCCAGGCCCUCUACUACUUCGCCGCCCUCGUCCUCAUGCUCUUCACCACUCUCGUCGCGGGCAUGCCGUUUAGCUUCGACCUGAUUCUCGGCUGGGACCGCGUGCGUGGCGACACAACACAAGGAUGGCUCAUGGCCUUUGUCUGGCUCCUCAACGGAGGAUUCUGCAUGUCCGUCGCCAUGGUCAUCCUCGUCGCGCGCAGCAAACUCGUCCCCGACUUCGCCCUCACCAUCCACUUCCUCCACCUCCUCUUCACAUGCCUCUACACGCGCUCCCUCCCCCGCAACUCCAUGUGGUGGUUCACCAUGCUCGCCUCCUCCGCCACCGCCGUCGGCCUGGGCAUGUGGGGAUGCCGCUACCGCGAGCUCCAGCCCGUCUUCUUCCUCGGCGGCAGGAUCCUCGGGUCUGGCACGUCCGCCCCUUCAAACAGGGGCCCCGGCGCAAGAGAGGACGCAUUGCACCCAGACGUUGAAGAUGGGAUGGGCGGAUCAAGUACGGCCGGAGAGUACGAAAUGAACCAGAUAAAGACUUCAGCAUAG